AUUGUUAUUGUUUCUCUUGGCGGGAGGUGGCGGCAAUUCAUUUUAUUGAAAGACUUGGGUGGGAAGAUUAGUCUAUAGAACAGUAUGAAAUCUCUUCAGAACUUAAAAGAUAUAAUUAGAUCUAGAGAGAAUUUUAAGAAUUUCGUUAACUCUUCACAUGUGCCGGAGAAAUGUAAACAUGAGCCGUGUAUGCUUGGUGUAGACGAGGCCGGCCGUGGCCCAGUUUUAGGCCCCAUGGUGUAUGGUGUAGCAUACUGUCCCAUUGAUCAAAAAAGUGUUCUUGUGGAUCUUGGUUGUGCUGAUUCUAAAGCUCUGACAGAAGAAAAAAGAGAUGAAAUAUUAACAAAGAUGAUUAUCGAAAAGGAUUCAAUAGAAAAUAUUGGAUGGGCAGCAGAAGUGAUAUCCCCUAAUUACAUAUCCAAUUCAAUGUAUAAGCGAGCCAAACAUUCUUUAAAUGAAGUAUCAAUGAAUUCUGCUAUAGAUUUGAUCAAGCAAGUAUGUGCAUCCGGAGCCAAUAUCACAGAAGUUUAUGUUGACACUGUAGGUCCUCCUGAGAAGUACCAAGCAAAGUUAUCAGAGAUAUUCCCAGAUAAAAAAAUUACUGUGGCAAAAAAAGCUGAUUCUAUAUAUCCUGUAGUAUCAGCUGCCAGUAUUGUAGCUAAAGUGACUAGGGAUCAUGCUCUAAAGGUGUGGACAUUUCUUGAAGGGCUGGAAAUGGAUCAUAGUGAAUUUGGCAGUGGAUAUCCUGGAGAUCCAUUGACGAAAAAGUUUAUUCGGGAGCAAAUUGACACUGUGUUUGGCUAUCCACUGCUUGUGCGGUUCAGUUGGUCCACAGCUGAACACAUGCUGCAAGAGAAAGCUGCCACAUGUACCUUCGAGGAAGUCGACGAUGAAGGUACCACUAAGAGACCUACUAAAACAAUAAAUUCAUUCUUCUCCGCUAGUAAUGAAAGGAAACGAAAGAAACACAAGUUCUUUGAGGAAAGAUAUUUGACUAUAGGAAAUGCUUUUGAAUGACUGCAUUAUAAGAUGAAUUAAAUGGUUGAAAAUGGAAUAAA